UGGGGGUCACAUCCGGAAGUUUCCGGGUUCGAUUCACUGGCGUGGUGAGAUGUAUGGACGGGUUCACUUACACUCCUGCUGCGCACUGCGCUAAAAAUAGGAGAAGGCAAAGGAACGUCAUUCUUGAGAGGGCGCCGCCUCGGGUGUCCGUGUACCAGGCAACCAGGAGGUAUACCUACCCCUGCACCACGACCACCAGGAUGUACCAAGCUUCUGUGCCCACGGCUGUGUGGCAACGCAGGACCAACAAGAUCAUUGCUGCUGGCAUCACCAUCAUCGGCCUCACCAUGAUGCUCUCCCUCAUACCUCAGUGUAUCUACAUCGGCAUUGUAUUCGUCACCUGCGCCCUAAUCUGGCUCGGGUGGAUGACGAUGAAAGAGAAGAAAGUGGAACCUCCAAGACCUGAGGGUGAACAUCCAGGCUCUCCCGUGCUCUUCCUUGUCGCCUCCCACCACCUCCGUCAUACCUCCCGAGGGCCCACUUUACCAGACCCCAACGAUAAACCACCAACCUAUGAUCAGAUAUUAAAGCUUGAUGGUCUUCCUCCAGAUUAUUACUCCGUCCUGACUGAGAAACCUCCCAGGUGAGCUUUGUAUUUGCCUU